CAAACAAGAGAGAGAGAGAGGAGCAGAGAAGAGAAGGGGAGCGCCGGGUCGGCCGCGUGGCCGGCGUGAGAGUUUAACAAACAAAAUGCGGGGGAGAGCGGCUACAUAAGAGGGAAAUUCAUCCUUCCUUAUCCCCUCUUCCCUCUUCACUCUCCGUCUCGCUGCUGCCCAAUUCCCCCCCCCCCCCCCCCCCGCCUCUCGCAGAUCCAAGGCAGCACAGAGCGAUGAUGGCGCACCGGCGAGUGGAGGCGUGCGAGUCCUGGCGGCCCCCGCCCCCGCCGUCGCCGUCGCCGGCGCACGCGCUCGCGCUCGGCGCGGGACGCCACGUGUUCGCGGCGCUCACCAUUCGGGAGGGAGGGGGAGGGGAGGAGGGGAAGGGGAGGAAGGUGGCGCUGCCGCCGGCGGGGGUGCUGCUGCGGCACCCGCUGGCGCUGCUGGCGCUGGUGCCCAACAGCGCCGCGCUCUUCGCGGCGGGGGCGGCCGCGGGGGCCGUCGCCAAGACGGUCACUGCGCCGCUCGACCGCGUCAAGCUCCUCAUGCAGACGCACAGCGUGCGGGUGGUGGGGGAGAGCACCAAGAAAGGGAUCGGAUUCCUCGAGGCUAUAGCAGAGAUAGGGAAGGAAGAGGGCUUGAAGGGUUACUGGAAGGGCAAUCUUCCACAGGUUAUUCGCAUAGUUCCUUACAGUGCGGUGCAACUGUUUUCAUAUGAAGUCUACAAGAAACUUCUCCGGAGAAAGGACGGAGAGCUUACGGUGUUUGGGAGACUUGCUGCUGGUGCUUGUGCGGGCAUGACAUCUACACUUGUAACAUACCCACUGGAUGUUCUUCGGCUGAGGCUAGCAGUUGAAGCUGGACAUAGUACUAUGUCUCAGGUUGCUAUGAACAUGCUGAGAGAUGAAGGGUUGGCCUCCUUCUAUGGAGGCCUGGGUCCAUCUCUUAUAGGAAUUGCACCUUACAUUGCUGUGAACUUCUGUGUUUUUGAUUUAAUGAAGAAAUCUGUACCAGAGAAGUAUAAGAGCAGACCGGAGACAUCUCUGGCAACUGCUCUUCUUUCAGCAACAUUUGCAACUUUGAUGUGUUAUCCUCUAGACACUGUUAGAAGGCAGAUGCAAAUGAAGGGAUCACCCUACAACACAGUUUUGGAUGCUAUUCCAGGCAUCGUGGAGCGUGAUGGUCUAAUUGGACUAUACAGGGGUUUUGUUCCAAAUGCAUUAAAAAAUCUACCGAAUAGCAGUAUUAAACUGACUGCGUUCGACACUGUGAAGACAUUGAUAUCUACUGGGCAGAAGGAACUUGAGAAACUCAUGCAAGAAAAUGAGGAGAAAAUGAGCUAAGGAAAAGUUGGCCUCUUUACAUGUUGCAUUUUGUUUGGUUUUCCCAUUUAUUGGGGUCAAUUCUAGGGUUUGAAUAGUACCACAUCUUUUCUGUUGGUUUGCUGGAGAUUGGGGCGGCAUUAGAAGCAAACUAGGCAAUAAAUUUAUUUCUUUAAUGGCAACAUGGCUUUAGAUAGCGUUAGCAGAAGAGUUAACCCUACAAGAUCAUACUUAUGGGAAUGCAACUAUGCAAGCCUAUGGUUAUCUAAAAAGCAUACGGUGAUCUCAGAAGUUCGUCAAAAAGAUGGAGUGUACCAUACAGAGAGCUAUGAGAUGCUGUGGAGCACCCUUGCGACUGCAAUGACAUAUUUCCUGUACAGAUUGGCCUGGUUGCUGAUUCUGUUGUUGAUGGGAAUCCCAAUCGGAAAGCUUGAUUCAUGUUCUCCAGUUUUAUGGAACAUCACGAUCUUGCUUUCGUCUCUUCGUCGCCCCUAUGUUUCAUGGUAGCAUGUUGUAGGAAUAUAGGAGGUGAAGUGGAAAGGGUGAAAUGCAGUUUAGGGAGAGAUGAAUGUAUCCAUUUUUCAUUUUCUGAUAUUUAGGAGCUUUUGUAUUUAUUUUUCCUGGUUUUGAGAGGUGGGGGAACUGAUGUUGGAGAUUUGAGCCAUUUUAUCAAGUUUUAGGUAUUUGUUGAUUCAAUAUUGUCCCAUGUGCAGUGUCAACGUUUUGUCCAGCGUUUAGUAACAUGAUGCUCUAGGUAGUUGUAAC